CCGUCACUGGACAGGAGCCCGGACCAGUAGACUUCUACAGAGAGACUCAUUGUCGGCAGGCGAUGGGAUCUUGGGUACAUCCUACAACCAGCGAGAAUUGGGCAGCGAUGGAUGCCAUAUGUAGUCAGCCCACUCCCGAUGGUACUCAGCGGAGUGAGCCAGAGAUCCUGAGUGAGGUGCUUGGCACCCGUUCUGGAUAUGUACGUGGGCUUGGCCAUGGUGCCAAGCUCAUGACACCCGCUAGAGUUGCAUCCAGCCGAUCCGUCACUGGCGAGAGCGCCAUACGCCGAGAUGAUAUCAUAGAGAAAGAGGUUCAACAUCUACGGGGUGCCAUCGACGAGAUCAAAGACCAGCUGGCGAGGUAG